AUGCGUGUAGGACUAGCUGUGCUGAGCUUUUUCGCCGUACUCGUAGCGCUAGUCCGUGCCGAAGCGCACGAAGAUGCCCCUGAACUAAAUGUACUUACGACUUUCCCUAACAAUCCGUUCAACAGUGCGUAUACGCUGCACUCACAGACAGUUGUGAAAAAUGGCCAGGCUAACCGGGUUGUAUUCUCCAUCAAGACGCCGCAGUCGACGGAUCGUGCGCUCACGAUCGAGUCUCUUACUGGUGCCUUUCUGGAUCCCUCGCGUGAAGAUGGUCACAAGAAGCGCGUGCUCCGCAACAUGACGACGACCCGUCUCAAGGACGCGCAUCUGCUGACGCAGGGCCAGUCUCGCCAGGUGCCUUUUGACUUUUUCUCCGAGUUCAAGCCGCAAAAAUUGGAUAUCGAGUUCCGUGCUUUGGUGGUGGAUCAGUCGUCGUCGAAUAAGUACAAUGUGCCGCUCUACCGCGGCUCUGUCACGGUGGAAGAACCGCCGCAGAGCCUGUUCGACCUGCAGCUGUUGUCCGUCUACGCCACGGGUCUCGCCCUGGUGAUACUCAUCGGCUACAUUCUCUUCGAGAAGUACGGUGCGUCCCUGAAGCGUAGCUGGAAAACCCCUGCGUCGAAGCACAAGGAGACUGCCAAGCCUUUGGCGCAGCCCCUCGGCAAAAAUGGCAAGUCGUACGACGAAGACUGGAUUCCGAAGCAGCCCACCCUGCGCCCUCGCAAGCCUCGUGGCCGCAAGUAG